AUGAUUGUCGAGCGGGCCGCGUCCGUGGCCCAGUACGCCUUCCUGGCGUACCUCGGGCUUCUGAGCGUGGUGCUCUACGGGCUCUUCGUCCCGUCGCAGUGCUCGGCGUCGAUGAACCCGCAGCACUGCCUGCCCCCGGUGCUGGCGCGAGGCGAGGCGUUCGACCUGUGGGUGUACGCCUCGCCCAAGAGGCACUUCCACUCCAUCGAGUCGGUGGUGACUGGCAGGGAGGAGGUAGAGCCCGAGGUGGCGAACGCCACUGCGCGUUUGGUCAUGAGCGCGUUCGACGUGAAGCUCGGGGACGCGCACGAGGAGGAGGUGACCGUGCCCGCGGCCGCGUUCGGGACGAGGGCGAACGGGACGCUGUACGCGCACGUGCUCAUGUACCGCUCGAGGGGCAAGGCGCGAUCGCAGAACGCGACGCGGCCGAGCGGGGAGCCGCUCGCGGUGACAAGCGCGCCGAUCACCAAACACCUCGUGCACACGCGCAAAAACUACUCCAUGCUUCUCGGGGACUGGACCUCCGCCGCCGCCGGCGACGCGAACGCCUCGACGUCCCAGCUCGGCGAGGACACGUCAUCGGCCGCGACGUGCGACGCGCGAGGGGACGGCGAACCGGACGGCGAUGCACCCCGGGAGGAGGGAUCGUGCGCGGCUCCGACGACCGCGGAUGCCUCGGAUGCGUCAACCGACGCCGUCCCUGUCGCGUCCCAUCGCCUGGACGACGGCGCGUUCGUCACCCACAUCCGGCCCAGGCUCAGCGUGUUCGUGGUCGGCUCCCCCCCGACGUUCCCCCGCUCGCAACCGCCGCCCGACAUCAGCCUGCACCCCGUGCACGCGCCGAGGGAGCUGGCGGCGCGCGGGUACCGAGUGGCGUACCGGCCGUUGGUCGCCGUCGACGAGUUCACCAUCACGCGGCGCGAGUACGCGGUGAUGGAUCCGAACCCUUCGCGCGCGGACCCGACGAUGGUCGUCAACGUCCGGCCGCUGAACAUCGGCCUGUUUCGCAUGAUGUCGCAGAUGAAGCACUCCAUGGAGAUGAUGCAGAAUAGCUUCGGCAUGACAGAGUCGGACCUGGACGAGCUGAAAGAGAUGUUCACUGGCACGAGUGCCAAAAUGCUCGCGCUGACUUUCGGCGUCAGCAUCCUGCACUCGUGGUUCGCGUUCCUGGCGUUCAAGAAUGACAUUGGCUUCUGGAAGAAGAAGAGUAACCUCGAGGGCCUGUCCGUGCGAACGCAGUGGAGCAACUUCGUGUGCCAGCUCAUCAUAUUUGCCAACUUGGUGGACGGCGGGCAGUCGUCGUGGAUCAUCCUGGGCGAGAUGGGCGUCAGCGUGUGCAUCGAAGGGUGGAAGGUGACCAAGUUCCUGGCGCGCGAUGGGGUGUUCCACCGGUUCCUCGGCAUCGGUACCGAGGCGGCGGAUAAGUCGCAGAUGCAGAAGGACACCGACGAGUACGAUAAGCGGGCCAUGCGAUUCCUGUCCCUGCUCCUCUAUCCAAUCGUCCUCGCGUACGGCGGGUACUCUCUCGUUUACCACCCGCAGCGCUCGUGGCGCUCGUGGGUUCUGCGCACGCUGGCCAACGGCGUGUACAUGUUCGGCUUCAUCGCGAUGACCCCGCAGCUGUACAUCAACUACCGGCUCAAGUCCGUGGCGCACCUGCCCUGGAAGGCGUUCAUGUACAAGGCAUUCAACACGUUCAUCGACGACGUGUUUGCGUUUGCCAUCGCCAUGCCCACCAUACACAGGCUGGCUUGCCUGAGGGAUGAUCUGGUGUUCUUCGUGUACCUGUAUCAGAGAUGGCUGUAUCCCGUGGACAAGAAGCGGGUGAACGAGUUCGGCAGGGCGUACGAAGAUGAUGAAAACGGGGAGGAGAAGAAAGAGCAUGGGAAGGAUAACGGGAAGGAGGCGGCCAAGGAGGAAGCCACGGAGCGAAAGGGCGAAGAGGACAAGAAGAACGACUGA